AAAGAAAACAAGACUCCAUAUUUUGAGUUCCGCCGAGAUCCGUCGCAACUUCCGUCGCUUCCAUUCCCCCGGCCCCGGAGAUCCACUUCCCGUCCCCCCUUCCCCUCUUCGAGCUCCUGUUUCAAUUCCCGACCUCCUCCCCCUCUCCUCUUUCCUCUGCGUCGACGGAUGAGAGAUUUGGUGGCGAGAUGAUCGUACGGACAUACGCCCGGAGGACCCGCUGCGGCGUCGGCCGGAGCUUAUCCGAGCCCAUCCUCCUCGACGGCGACUCCUCUUCCUCCGGCGGCGGUGGAGGCGGGGGAGCGGUGGAGGACGCCGAAUUCCUCGACCUCCCCCUUUCCCAGGACGGCUCCCAGGACCGCCUUACCCUCGCCGCCUUCUCCUCCCAGGAUUCCUCCCCCUGGUCCCUCGACCCCGCCGACCCCUGCACCGCCCCGAUCCGCCCCGACCCCCACGACCCCACCCUCCUCCUCCUCGGCGACUCCUCCGAUGGGCCGCGGAAUCCGGGAAAGAGGCAGAGGAAUUUGGAGCGGGAGGUCAAGAAUCCUCCGACUAGGUUUGCGGCCGUGGCGGCGGCGACGGCGACGCUGAUGGAGGCGCAGGAGUUCGGGGAGAUGAUGGAACACAUGGACGAGGUGAAUUUUGCGCUGGAUGGGCUGCGGCCAGGGCAGCCGGCGCGGAUCCGGCGGGCAAGCCUGCUGUCGUUGCUGUCGAUAUGCGGGACGGCGCAACAGCGCCGACUUCUUCGGGCUCAGGGAAUGGCCCAGAGAAUAGUUGAUGCCAUUUUGCAUAUCAACUUUGAUGAUUCUCCAAGCACCGUUGCUGCUGCUGCUCUAAUCUAUGUGUUGGCGAGUGAUGCUCAGGAUGACCAUUUGCUGGAUUCACCAUCUUGUAUUCACUUUCUUAUUAAGUUAUUGAAUCCACCUGUGGCUAAUAACGUGGAGGACAAGAUAGCAACCAUUGGCUCUAAGAUUCUUGGGAUACGUAAACCUCACAUACAGAGUGGGAUGAAUAAGGGAACAGACUCUAGCUCUACAGCAAUCAUUUCAAAAGUUCAGGAGAUUCUUUUAAGUUGUAAAGAGAUAAAAUCAAGCAAUGGGGAUGAUGAGGGAGCAGAGAGGCCAGAGCUGAGUUCAAAAUGGAUAGCUUUAUUGACUAUGGAGAAAGCAUGCUUAUCUACUGUAUCAUUUGAAGACGCAUCUGACAUGGUAAGAAGGGUUGGAGGAAAUUUUAAGGAGCGAUUGAGAGAGCUUGGAGGACUGGAUGCAAUCUUUGAUGUUUUGGCCAGCUGCCAUUCCACCAUGGAGGUGUGCUUAAAACACAAGUCGCCCUCGUUGUUAGAAUUAAAAGAUGGAUCAGCUUUGCAAAGUGUGGUACUGAUGUUGAAAUGUCUGAAGAUCAUGGAGAAUGCCACAUUUUUAAGUAAGGACAAUCAGGACCACUUGCUUGGGAUGGAAAGAAAGUUGGAUUCUGAAAGACUUCCCCUGUCUUUUGUUGGGCUCGUUAUCUGUGUGAUUAAAUCUUUUUCAGAGCUUUCUCUGCUCCAAAAUUCUUCCAGCAUUUCCAACAAAGGGAAAUCAAACUUAUCUGAAGUUCAGAUGAAUGAUAACCGGAGAGACAGGGGAGAUCGGACUUUGACUAGUGAUUGUGCUGGGUGUUCUGGCAUGGACAAGAACUUUAAUGGAAGGAGCAUUUAUAAACGUCAAAAAUUGUCAUCUUCCCAGUCCAAAGAAGCCCUUCCUGGUUCAGAAACAACUAGUGCAUCUGGUUCUGAUGAGUUAACCAUAAAGAGAACUGAUUGUACUUCAUCUGGUUCAUGUAAUGGGGCAUCAAGUACUUCAUCUAGAGAUAGCUACACAAAUGGUAAUAGUUUAAAGCUGAACAUGCAUGGUAACGGUUUAAAGGUGAAUUCCAUUAAAGGUUCAAAGGGAUGGAUCUCCAUAAAUCCUAAUGGUUUGAAAAAGAAUUCAAGUGACUUGUCCAAAAGGCGUCAUAUGUCUGAAGAUGUUAAAGGUGAUUGUAAGAUGGACAGCUUUGAUCCAUUUGCGUUUGACGAAGGGGACUUGGAACCAUCAAAGUGGGAGUUGUUAAAAAAGAAGAAAGAAACAUCUCACACACACCAAAUGGUUGUAACAAAUGGUGAACUUACAGAUGGAUACAAUCUUCCAAAUGUUACCACGGAUGAUGUAUUAAGUCGGUUAACUGAUGAGCAAAAUUAUCAUCCUUGUGAAAAUUCUUGUCCAUCAGUAAUUGAAGAAGAUUCUAACCUUCUGGAAGACUGCCUCCUCACUUCAGUAAAGGUUCUUAUGAACUUAACAAAUGACAACCCUGUGGGCUGUCAGCAAAUUGCUGCUUGUGGUGGGCUGGACACCAUGGCUUAUUUGAUCAUUAGCCAUUUUCCAUCAUUUGACUUGUGCUUCCCUAUGAACAGCCAAGUGAAAGAGAAUAAUUUCUCUUCCAAACUAGGUAUUGAUGCUGGUCAUCCUAACAACAGACAUUUAAGUGACCAUGAAUUGGAUUUUCUGGUUGCUAUUUUGGGUUUGCUUGUGAACCUUGUGGAGAAGGACAGUCGAAACAGGUCACCUCUCUGGAUUCUUUCAUAUCAAUUUUUUUUCUUAAUCUGCGUCUGAAGUGAAAUAUGCCAAGUAAAGAAAUAUAUGUACUUUUGAAUAUCUAUUUUAACUUUUAGUUGCUUUGAGAGGGUUGCUGUUUGUUUUCUAAAGACUAGUUCAACCUUUCAUGUAUUAUGUUCUUUGUUGCCCGAAAAUGCCUAUUAUGUCUGCAAUCACACUAGAAUUUUUAAGUAGGAAAAGGUUUGCACCUGUAUACUCUUGACUUAUUUCUUUGCUAGUCAUUUCAUGCUGACAAAAUACAGUUUGAGCAUUUCCUUGCCGGUUUCUCUUUAUUUCUAUUGUCUUCAUAAUCUUUGGUCACAGUGUAGUUAUCUGAAGAAAAAAAAAUUAAUUGACACUGCUAGUAGUUGGACUUGGUGCAUUAUCUUGUUUUUCAUCCUUUACAUUCUUCUGGUGAUGUCAUUUAAUAAUCUAGAGUUGAAAGUUGAAACCAAGUGGACUUUAGCUCAUGACAUCUUAACUCACAAAUCAGUCAUCCACAUAUAUAACUAGGAUUUAAUUUUUCCCACUUUUUGAAGGUUCAAUAUUGUCAUCCUUAGGAUUGGAUGCACAAACCUUCUGCUAAUUUUGUAGUGGUUCAGGACUUCAGGUUCAAAGUUCAUCUUUAUGUUCUAGUGAUUAGAUCUGUAUGAGGCAAAUAUCCUGCAACAUGCACAGCCCCUUAGAUAA